ACUCCGAUUUUCUCAUCUGAACCACUCCGGGAGCAUUUCUUCAGCCAUGGGAGACAGAAUACUCCAUCCAGGGCCUCAUAGUUGUCUGUUUUUGCUUGGUUUUCCCUUUCUGCCACUGUAGCCAGCUUCGUAUUCCCGUUGACUCACCUUCCGGACCCUCGCCGGCGUCGUCAUGCGUAGGCAUAACGGCCUGCCAUCCUCGUGCGAGCCUUGUCGCCGCUCCAAACUGCGGUGCGACCACGCCGUGCCCACGUGCGGUCGCUGCCUGAGGAAAGGCAAGGCAGCAACUUGUGUGUAUAAGCCAAACCCAACCCGGAUCCAGGCAGCAGCAGCAGCUCCAACUCCCACUCCCACUCCUUUCACUCCCGCGUCUCUCCAGUCGUUUCCACCAGCAUCAUCGUCAUCAUCAUCAGCAGCAGCAGCCUUAGCAUCACCGCUUCUGCCUGUGCAAACCCCCACUCCACCUGUCCAGACCGCAUCUGGACCCCGACCGCGGGCGGAUCCGAUUUUCGCCCUACGCGACCGCUAUAUUGCUGAUUGGAGUCCCCGACUGGCCUUGAACUCCACCCCGAGCUUCUUGGGACUCACCAGCUAUUCCGCCGUGUACAGCGAGGCGAGCCUCAGGCAGCACGAGUCGAUCACCCCGCAGGCGCAGAAUGUGGUGUUUUCGGUCGACGACCGCGAGGCCCAGCUGGGCGCCGAGCUGCUAUCGCUGCUCUUCGACGACUUUGCCGUCCACCGCAAGACGGCGGUCGCGGCCGAGGAGUACAGCGGCGAGUGCAUGAUGAGUCUGCCGACCAUUGCAACCAUCAUUGAUCGUGUCGAGGGCAUGUACAACAACGAGGCCACGCGCCAUCCGGACCCCCAGUUGCGGAUGCUGGCCCUCUCGCGACGCUUGUUCGAGGGCACCUCGCGGAAGAUUGUCGUCCAUCCGACUCUCACGCUGGACGAGUAUCUCACGGCCAUCGCCGGGCGGUGGGAGGCCAUUGGCUUCAUCUUCACCAUGUCGGGCAUCUGUGCCUCGCACACCACCGUCGAGGACCCUAUCUUUCAGGGCCUUGGCUUCUCCGCCACAGACCACAAGCAUCUGGGCAUUUUAGCUACCGCCGCCAGUGAUCGGUGUCUGCAGUUCUGCGACAAUGCCGGCGUCAUGAGUGACCCGCUCGGCUGGCUGCUGCUGAGGCAUGUACAUCUACUGACCCUCGUCUGCGGUGAUUAUGACUAUCGGCCAAGGAAACGUCUAGGAGAAUUGUCAACAUUGCUAUUUGCCCUGGGUUAUCACCAGCCUGAUACCAACGAGGAGAUCCCCUUCUUCCUAUCCGAAGGGCGGAAGAAGCUCAUGGCAUCCGUGUAUAUCUGCGAUAAAGAGCUGGCCACCUUUCUGGGCUGUCCGCCGCUGAUAGCCUGGCGCUUCUGUCGCCUCCAAUCGCCCUUGGAUCUUGAUGUGGAUGACCUGUUGGCCGAACCCGCUGUGCGGGAGGCCGCUAUUCGGAACCUGACCCACGAUGGAUGGAACACAAAGGGGACCAUCAAACGCACGUCUUGGAUCCGCAUGUCCAUGAAACUAGGCUACAUUCGCGAGCUCGUGCUGGAGCUCUCCCUCGAUUCUCGAGUACAAGAUCUCUCUCAAAAGGCGCAUGAAAUCUCCACUCUUACGCAGAAGGUGCGCAGUGAAAUCCCGGUGCACCUGCAAUGGAAUGAGGGAACCGACGCUGCCCUCCGAUUGACCAGCACCAUCCCCGUCUACAUUCAUCUCGACCUACUCUACAGUCAGUUUCUACUACAGCGCGUUCUAGUCAAACGUCUAGAAACAGGGUCCGAAAAUCUGGUCAACCUCGCGCACGAGAUGCUCAAAGCCAUUCUCGUUUUGAUUGCCGUCAGCCAGCGAUGUGGUAAUCCUCUGUGUGAUCUAGGAUGGUCAAUCCCCUACUUUGGCCUCCCUUCGGCUGGUAUUCUCGCCAUCGAACUACUACGCCAAACACAGAACCCCCGGCCACGCCCGGGCGAAACACCCUUCCCACGCUCCGAAGUGAUUCGAAACCUGAGCAUCCUCGCCUCACACAUGCAAUACCUCGUCCUGCCGCAAAAGGGGAACUACGAGAUCUGUCAACAGGGGCGGAAGGUCAUCUCGCACAUUCUCGACCUCGUGCUCGCCCCGCGGCCGGAUCCAACCUCGUUGGCCUCGGCGGUGCCGGACAACAAUCUCAUUCCAGCUGACUGGCUGAAUGAUGAGUGGUUGAAUGACGGGACAGACUUUAUCAAGUGGAUUGAUGGGUUGAACUGGAUGAGCGAGUGAUUUGCAGAGCUAUGCUUUGCACAUCUUGCAUUAUCACUAUUAGUACUAGUAUUACAAGUAUUGUAUAUUGGGAGACUGUACAUAGAGACUAUAAUUAUAAUGACUUUACGAAA